UAAUCUGUCCCAACUGCAGCGAAGGCCGCGACAUCGACGGCACGCCGUCUACAAUCCGCUACUGCAGCGCUCUCUGCCUCGAAUCCGAUACAAAAAAUCUCGACCAGCAGCAGCAUCACAUCGACGACUGCAAAGCGCGAAACAUCCGAAAAGAGCUAUACCGCGCGGGAGAUUUCUUGCAAAAAGUAUUUUACAUCUGGACGGAGAUUGCUUUCCGCUACGACGUCGUGCGAGUCGAACGUGUCGAGGAGAGGAUUUACUUGUCGCACAGGAGUGGAAGCGAGGAGGAUGAGGAGGAAGAUGGGAGGGAAGAAGAUGCUACCGGAGGAGGAGGAGAAGGGCCGUUUUACGCGUUUCCGUUUGAGAUUUGCAAGGGAGAGGAUGAGAUGAAGGCGUUGUUGAGUUGGAUGGCGUGUAAUGAUGCGCCACAGAUGGUGUUGGAGUUGAGUCGGAAGGUGCUUGGGGGUGAGGAUACCUCCCUUUUCCUUUUCCUUCUUCUUUCCCUUCUUUCUCGCUCGAGCAUUGGCAGCUAAUUUGAGUCGAUGCACAAACAGGUAUCACAUCCAGCAUCGAAAGCGUGUUUUUCCUGCUUGACAGCGGAAGCUACACAGUCAUCGACGAAGAAUACCCAUUCGACGGUCCCCACGAAGUCCUGGUCAUGGAUGCCCACGAUGGAAACUCAUACGUGUUGGACCUUUCCGGAUUCCAGAUCGGUUUGGAGAGUCCCGUCAUACCACUUCAGGAGUACAUGGAGGAAUUUGGCACCCAAAUUGUGGGAAUCUACGAACACGACAGUGCGAUCACACAGUUGGAAAUCUUGCUCCGUGCCGGCACGGCGGAUCCGGGUUACGGUCGCAUUUAUGCGACACAUCACCACAUGUACGAGGCGCUGAACAAAGUCGUGAAUGCUGGUGAGCGGAUCAAGAGGCAGAGUCUCAGUGAGCUUCUGCGGAGUGAUCAGCGAAGCUAUGUUCGCGGCAUGAGGUACCACGAGAACCGAAUUCGAACCGCGUUACGACAGCUGUUUGCCAUUCGAGAACAGCAGGGACAUCCACGCAUUUCUGCCGCUGCACAUAGGCUCAAGAUGGACUCCCUAACCCGUCGGGCUUCUCUGCAAUCGAGUACGCUGGAAGGUACAGCGAAGUCCGCAAUCCAGCGUCAAUGGGACAAGGAGGGUAGAACGAUGCCCGAGGAGGUAAAGCAGGCGGUUGAGAUGGCGAGUCCUGACCCAUGGGAUUUCCAACAUGUCGCGAAAGCAGUGCCCAAACUCUCACCGCCCCUGCCACGGGAUGACAAGCCUCGACGCCGGUCAUGGCCUUCGCGGCUGGCACGAAUGUGGAAGCGUUGGUAGAGAGAAUCAGAGCUGUAGCCUCCUCUUACACGAUCCAAGCUCCUGGCAACUGACUGAUAUACCAGACUUCAUCAAAAAACUCCACCUCUCCACCUCUCGACUGCCCCUUCGCCUGCCAUUUCCACAAGCCCUGGAAGACCCACCAGUCAAGAAACCAGAUUACCCACCACACCAGCAACCCGCACCCAACAAUCACAGAAGCACACACCUGCCAUUCGAUCGCCUGGUGCUGAUCAUCUUCUCCCAUGAGCAGGAACGGAGCAUACACUAUCAACAGAAAGCCAGCGCGGUAAGCAGUCGCCCUCGAAGCCAGAUCGCAUUGGACGUCAACGUACUCCCAGAAGGGAUGCAGGCGGGUGUCAAGCUGGACAUCUGCAGCAAGCUCUUCUAGGAAGCGAUGCAGAGUCCACAAGACUGUGCCUAAAAGGACAAGAAGGAGAAUCGCAGCGCAAGUGUAUGCUGUGGCGAUAGUCAAGAUGUUCAUAAUGACCCAAGAUGUCGUAUACCACUUCAGAGCUUCUCCAGUGAGGUUUGUUUGAGUACUGAGUGAAGUGGUGGUGAUGUUCAACGUAGCCUGCCCUGCUGUUCCAAU